UCGCACGGAGGCAGGGCCACUCAUACCCAGAUGAACCGAAGCCCGAAAAAACACACUAUCCUUUAUAUACCAUGUGAUCAAAGGGAAAGUCCCCGCAGGCAAAGCUCUCAUAAAACUUCGACUGGAGAUCCAGGAUCAGAGCAGAAGUGAGAGGAACGUUAGAGGAACGUUAGAGAAGCGAAGUAGAGCACCACGGCCAUGGAUAAGCUUUGCACUGGAGCACUGUUGUCUAUUCUCAUCCUCAGCACCUUCGUCCCGGAGACGCAGACUGCAAGAUGCUGUCUCCAGUACAAAAAGAUACCUGUCCGCUGCGCCCAUCUGAAGGGCUACGCCAUCCAAAACACCAAAAGACACUGUGACCUGAGGGCCAUAAUCUUUCAAACCACGAAUGGCAAGUUUUUCUGUGCCGACCCCCUGAUGCAGUGGACCCAGGAGAGGGUCACAUGCCUAAUGGAAAAGGCUGCAAGGAUGAAAAACAGAGAAGCUUAAUUUUUGAGGGCGUAAGGCAGCUGAAACAAAAACGAGUCCUCCUACUAUUCAUGCUGAAUAACAAUAAAUAAGCCUGUGGUUGGAUGAUG